GCCGCCUGCGCGAUUUCUCUCUCCUCGCAGCCGCGGCUCGCUGCGAAGCAGCCAGCGGGCACCCCUCCACCGCCGCUGCAACAGCCGUCGCCCGGCGGGUCGGGCCAGUCUGCGGGCACUGUCCAAGCGACGCGGGUCGGUCGACGAUCCCGGCGGCGAGCCAGCGAGCGCGCGAUCCGUGAUUCUUUUCUCCUCCGGCGUCGUCCGCUUGCGAGAGGUCUGGCGCCCAGAGCUUGGCGGUUCUGCUGCUUCUGCUGCCCCGUGUGCCACCUCACCCUCACACCCCCCUCCCCCUCCUCCGGCCGAGAGAAGGAGGAGGCAGGCGAUGGCGCUGCUGCCGGCCCCACGCCGCCGCUGCCCCGGCCGCAGCAGCCGGCUCCGAUGCUUCUGACGACGCCCCGUGCGUGAGCGAGCGGCGACUGCCGUCGUCGCGGGCUACACCGUGUGCUUCUGACGCCGCCGCCGCGUGUUUCGCCGGAGAGUAGUAGUACUAGCAGUAGCGUGGUGCGCGCGCGACAACUCCCUUCCCCGAUGCGGGUGGAGCCCGAGCUUCAGCCCGGGCAGUGCAUGGCCUUCACGCCGUUCCUGUUGCCCGGCGCCACGGCCAGUUCGAGCCCGCCGGCGCGGAGCCCGUCGGACUUCUCGAUGCACUCGAUACUGAGCCAGCAGCCGCCGUACCUGCCCCUGGGGCUGCCGCCGGUGUUCGGUGCCGCGCCGCAGCUGUUCCCGGGCGCCGGCCCCAAGCUCGUGGGGCCGCCCGUGCCCCCCGUGCCUGCGCUGGGCGCACAGGCGCAGCUCACCCCCGAGGAACUGCUGGCGGCGCGCCACUUGCGGCCGCCGCCGGGCUUCGAGCCCGAAGACGACGGCGUCCAGGACGACCCCAAAGUGAACCUCGAGGGAAAGGACCUGUGGGGGCGGUUCCACGAGCUGGGCACCGAGAUGAUCAUCACCAAGUCGGGCCGGCGAAUGUUCCCGCCUUACAAGGUCCGGGUAACGGGUCUGGACAAGAAGGCCAAGUACAUCAUGCUGAUGGACAUCGUAGCCGCCGACGACUGCCGGUAUAAGUUCCAGAACAGGAGAUGGGUCGUGGCCGGCAAGGCUGACCCCGAGAUGCCGAAGCGGAUGUACAUCCACCCGGACUCGCCGUCGACUGGAGAGCAGUGGAUGCAGAAGGUGGUCUCCUUCCACAAGCUCAAGCUCACCAACAACAUCUCCGACAAGCACGGCUUUCAGACCAUCCUGAACUCGAUGCACAAGUACCAGCCGCGGUUCCACCUGGUGCGGGCCAACGACAUCCUCAAGCUGCCCUACAGCACUUUCAGGACGUACGUGUUCAAGGAGACAGAGUUCAUCGCCGUCACUGCUUACCAGAACGAGAAGAUUACGCAACUGAAGAUCGACAACAACCCGUUUGCGAAGGGCUUUCGGGAAACUGGUGCCGCGAGGAAAGAUAAGAAGAAGUACGCGCUGCCUCCGGCCUCCAAGUCACUUCCGGGCGGCGCCCUGGCGCCGAGCGACGUCAGCUGUCCGACCAAGAUCGACGUGGACGACUCGUACUACAGCGACGACGACCGGCGGACGGAGCAGUCGCUCUCGGCCGACGAGACCUCGUCGGCGGGUCCGCCCGGCGGCGACCUGUCGCCGAGACUGCACGGCCGCUCGCCCGGCUCGCCCGACCAUCAUGGCGGCCUGGGAGACUACCUGCCCUUCGCCGCCGCCGCUGCGGCCGCUGCGGCGGCGGGCGGCGGGGGUCCGCACGCGUCGUUCCCGCUGCAGUACCUGUACAACCAGAGCCUGUACCAGCAGAGCCUCAUGCUGCAGGACAUGCUCAUGUCCUCGGCGGCGGCGGCCGCGGCCGCGGCGGCCGCUUCCAACAACGCGUCCCCGACCUCGGCGGGGCGGCCCGGCGCGUCGCCGUUCGGCUUCAACCCUUUCUCGGUGCGCAAUCUCCUCAUGGCUAACGAGCAGAGCUACCUGAAGGCGCCCAGCCCGCUCAAGGCGGCGGCCGACGAACACCUGAAGAGUCAGCUACGCUUCUUCCCGUACCCGCUGCCGGCGUGGCGGUUGCCCGCGGGCGCCGGGGACACGUCUCCUCCUCCACAGUCUCAACCUCCUCCUUCCGCCGUGGCACAGCCGCCGUCGAGACCCGGCUCCUCCUCGCCGCCGACCCCCAACAAGAGUUCCGGCGUCAUUCCACCCUUCGGAGGUCUCCGGCAGGAGAAGAUGUGCCUCCUGCGGGAAGGCUCCACCGGAGAAGACCCCAUGUCCUCGGAGAGGUCUUCCGCGCCGGGCAGUCCUCUGGCGGCGACCUGCCCGACGCCGACGACCACGACGGCGUCCAUGUUGAUGAUGCGGGACCGCUGCUCGUCGGCGACUGCGAACUCCGCGUUCGAGGACGGCAGAGUGGGCCGUGACUCGGAGGAACUGGUCGACGGCAAUGACUGAGGGCGGCUCUCGCCUCGGUGACACCGCGACCAGGGACCCCACCGGUGGUGUCGCGCCGUGAACUGUGUCCCGCUUUCCUGCGGUGCUUGUGCGAACGCAGUACACAUGGACGACGCGCGUUGUCCUCGGUGCGUUAUAUAGCGCUUGAACGAUUUCGCGUUACGUGGACUUGUCCGAGAACUCUGUCGUGGUCGCGCGGUGUGAGUGUGUGUGUCUGUGUACAACUCGUGCGCUGUGGAAAGAGAGGAGUGGGUCAUGCGCCUGCUAGCUCUCAAUUGAUUUCUUUUUCUGUGAGUUGGCUUUUCUCGAAACCACGAGUUUGGAGAACAGUAUACAUGUUCACGCCACCCCGACGAAGAGACGUUGCGAGUGCUCUGCAAAUAAUACGCAGGAUUGUGCGUCGGAAAAAAACAAAGCGCCCUUUCAGCGCCGGACGUUUCGCACUCUUUGCAAAGAAUAGCAGCAAUCGGUACUUUGUAGGUAUCCUCUUCCUCACCAUUUCGGAUGUUUUUUUUCCCUUCAUAGUCGCAUUUCCUGUGUAUGCCCCGGGUGACUCAAGCGCAGCGAUUCAACCUUGCGUGCAGAGGCAAAGCGUUUUCUCUCUCUCUCUCUCUCUCUCUCUCUUAAUGUCAGCGGCUCUGAUGUCGUCACUCGAGUGUGAUGACAACGCAAUACAACGAAUGCAGCGGGAAGCGAUGUUUGCCCACUGCGACAUGCUCUUGCGUAUAUAUAUAUACACACCGUCGUCAUUGAUCUUCCACGAAUGGUCAAUUUUCCAAGCUAUCUGCAUAUGCCGCUCCCAGAAUAAACAUUUAUGUUGCAGACAUUGCGAACCAGUAACGGAAAUUAGUCUAAGGACGGAUGCUAACAGUCUCAUGACAAGCAUGAUCAGAAUCAGUUCCGCUUGUAACGAAAUUUCGGCCGUCAACUCGAUGUGGAGAUAACCACGUAUUUUCUAUCGUCAGCGGAUUUAUCGUUAUUGACGCCAUGUUGUUGAACUGGGGCGAAAGACAGCAAAGCACAGCCAGUUUAUGUGGAGAAAAUACAGAUCAGGCAGAAAAUAUGUAAGAGUCACGUAAAAGAAGUGGGUCAUGCUAUUGCCCGUUCUAAUUCUUUUUUUUUUUUGGGGGGGGGGGGGUAUGCGAGUUUCAAGUUCACAUUCCUCAACCGCACGCUGGAGAGUACAAAAAAAGAAGAAGAAAAGAAAGAAACCUGCAUCAGAAUGAACUGUGUUAAUACGUCCUUCAUAUGCACAACAGAUCCGAAACUCAGUAAGGCUCAACCCCAAACGCGCUCAUCAAACUUCUUAACAUGACGAGACUUCAGAGAACUUAUUUAUUUUGACGACUCUAAACGUCCUUGCCUGUAAACGUCCUUCAUCAAAGAAGUCAAUCUCGCAGCACCAAACCUGCCUUUUCUUUCACGCGCUGCGAAGGUAUACCGACAAAGCCAUUUUCCCGAGUGAACCAAACUCCGUCGGGCCUUAUUGCGAUAACCAUCUCUGGGCCCACUCUCGGAGUCUUAGAUGGGCAGACAGAGAGAGAGAGAGAGAACACAGGACCGCAGAGCCGGAGCUGCAUCCUUUCAGCGCCCACUCCUAUAUACAUAGAAUAUAACGCAUAGGGAUCACCCGGGGCUUCGGGAGCAGUCCUUGUUUGUUCGCGGGAUUUAUGCAAUACUCCGCACAUCCGCGUCGUUUCGCCUCGGGCGCGAGGCGGGUAUAGUCCUGUGUGUGCAUACCUUGUCUAGUCAACUGCUGCAUCGACGCGCGAGCGAAAAAAAAAUAGACGAUGAGACAAUAAAAAGAAGGGACGUAAUGCAAAACGUAAGCCGAACGCGAUCGCGCAAUUUCGACGCUGCUCGCGAGGUCGGCGACUUUAGCGCAACAGGAGCGCGGGCAUCUAUCUCUGUCUGCGUGUGUGCGCAUGCAGCGUUUCUCCUCCCCCCCGACCGUGUCACGUGUAAAGCGACGUGGUAUACGCGUCUCUCCAUGUCGUACGUGGUGGGACGGCAAUUUGUUUUUCUAUGGAGGAUUCAGAGUGAUGGUGAACGAAAGACCUUGGCGUGGCAGCAAGAAGUGGCGUGAAGUGGCGUCAGCGCACUCUGUGAAAUUUUUUAACAUUUUACGUGGCAAAAAAAAAAAAAAAAAAAGCAGCCUUCUGUGUCAAAGAGAAACCAAACCCGUAUUCGAGAAAGAAAAGAAAAGAAGAAAGAAAGAAAGUAAAAAAGGUAGCUCGUCUAACUCGAGAGCUGUCCGCGAUGCGCUUGUGACGUCAUCAUGCCUACCGCUGUCACGAGUCGUGGAGGCCUGAUCGUCCACCAAUCAUGAGAGGUUGCUGCGGUCAGAGACAUUUUUUUUUUCUUUGUAAAUAUCGGUCCUGCGUCACGAGCAGGCUUCAAGCAGCCUGCGAAGUAAGGUCCUCGCUACGCUAGUGAUUACAGAAAGAACGGGCAGACCGAAGACAACAGAACCGCGUAACUGCGUUUACGCGAUUGCGACGGUAGAGGACUCCGUCGUCUCUCGACCCCGACUAUAGAGCACGGCAUCUCGCGUCAUAAGCAAAGACAGCGUAUACUAGGAAAGUGUGUCGAGUCGAGUCGGCCUUAGUAAAGAGCCGUCUCGGAUCGAACUGCGCGCAAUAACGCCGGCGCGUAACGUGGACUUGGAACCAGGAAUUGUGGGAAGGCUUUCGGCGCGUGACGUGAGGUGCCGCUGCCGUAUUCGCAGUCGAUUCGGUACGCUGGUGUCACUGAGAGACGAGCGGGUCGCGUCGAGUCAGUACGACGCGCUUCCGGUCGCACUCGCGUAUACGCGGCUCGUGACGCCGUUGCAUUUAAGACGCUAGGUGCUAACGGAACCUGUCCUUGAAGGCUUGGGUAGUCACAUGACGCGUGCACAUGCAGCACGUAUACAACCGCGCACUGAGCCAAUCUGAGCACCGCCUCUCUCUCUCACUUUCUGUCUACAUGUAUACGUAUACGUGAGCUUGUUUCUAGUUUUCGGGGGCGAUUAUUUAUUUAGUUCUUUGUACAAAAAAAGAGGAAAAGAUUGUUCCUGCUUAGAAGUGUGCCUCCCCCUCCGCUUUUGAAGCGUGUUUCGUGGCGACGUCUGCGUGAGUGUAUCUGUUGUCUGUGUUAUGUUGCUGGCAUUUCUAUGUCCCAAGUUUCGUCGUUUGUUUUCUGACGGCAGUGCGCUGGCUGCUUGUUAGCAGCAGCGCCACCUCUUUUUUUUUUAUUCGAUUCGGUUUGCGCCUGCGCGUGACACGCGACUCGAGCGUGUCGUUUUGUUUGUGUCUUUGUUUGUUUUGUUGUUUUGUGUAACGUCGUGGACGUCCCCUCUGCGCACGAGAGCGCAGAGCUCCAUGUCUCACCGACAGUUAAAGACAAAAUUAAAAAAAAGAAAGCGGGAGCAUUACACUGA